AUGCGGGUGCUGCUCUCGAAGCUGUCGCGGCCGUGGCUGGUGGACGAGAAGAAGGACGACGGCUACACGGCACUCCAUCUGGCCGCGCUCAACAGUCACGUGGAGGUGGCCGAGCUGCUCGUGCUGCAGGGCAAGGCCAACAUGGACCUGCAGAACGUGAACCUUCAGACGGCCCUGCACCUGGCCGUGGAGAGGCAGCACGUCCAAAUCGUCCGGCUGCUGGUGAGCAAGGGAUGUAACCUGAACGUGCAAGACAAGGAUGGCGACACGCCGCUGCACGAGGCGCUGCGGCACCACACGCUGUCGCAGCUGCGCCAGCUGCAGGACAUGCCGGACGUCAGCGUCAGCAAGUUGGUAAUGGGCCUGGGCAGCCAGGGCUCCGAAAAGAAGUCCUCCGCGUCCAUCGCUUGCUUCCUGGCGGCCAACGGGGCUGACUUGACCAUCAAGAACAAGAAGGGUCAGACGCCCCUGGACCUGUGUCCUGACCCCAACCUCAGCAAGGCGCUGGCCAAGUGUUACCGCGAGAAGUCCGUCGAGGCCACGGAGCGGGUGAUGACUUCGAGCCGCGGCGGCGCGGCGGGCGGCGGCGACGCGGCCGGUCCAGACGUGGCCGAGGAAUGCAUGGUGUGCUCCGACAACAAGCGCGACGUCCUCUUCCAACCUUGCGCACAUGUCUGCACGUGCGCCAGCUGCGCCGACCGCGUCAAGAAGUGCCUCAUCUGCCGGCGGGAGGUGCUCAGCCACGUGGAGCUGGAGGACUGCAUCAUCUGCUCGGACAAGCGGGCGUCGGUGCUGUUCCGGCCGUGCGGCCACAUGGUGGCCUGCCACUCGUGCGCCAGCCUGAUGAAGAAGUGCGUGCAGUGCCGGGCGCCGGUGGAGGCGCGCCUCCCGCUCGCCGUCUGCUGCGGACUCGAAGCGGCCGCCGCCGCUGGGCCCACCCGCAUGGCCACCUCCAGCACGGGCGCACAGCGGCCCAUGAACAACCACUCGGACGUGCAGAAGCUGCAGCAGCAGCUGCAGGACAUCAAGGAGCAGACCAUGUGCCCGGUGUGCCUGGAUCGGCUGAAGAACAUGAUAUUCCUCUGUGGCCACGGCACGUGCCAGAUGUGUGGCGACCGCAUGCAGGAGUGCCCCAUCUGCCGCAAACCCGUGGAGAAGAGAAUCCUGCUCUACUGCUAGGCCACAGCGCAUAGAAACCCGUGGAGAGACCAAUUCUGCUCGACCGCUAGGCCACAGCGUAUGGAAACCGGUGAAGCGAAUUCCACCGUGCCGUUAGACCACAACGCUCUACUGGGGGUGGAGCGUGAAGUCCUGGUCUACUGCCAGGCCGUAGCUCAGCGCAGCGGGUGGAGGAGCGGAUCCUGGUAUGCGGCUUGGCCAGAGGAUGCCGCAACCCGUGGAAAAGCGGAUCGUGGUCUUUCGUUUGGCAGCAGUGCGCCUCAGUCCGUGGGAGGAGACGAUCGACUGAACCGGUGUGACCACAUUGCGUCCGGAAUCGAUCUGUGCUGUGCGGUAUCAGCUGGCGUGCAGAGUGGUCCGGUUUUCUGUCAUUUUGUAUACCAUACCCAGCUUUGUGGUGUUGGAGCGGACGUGUUUGUGGCCCGCGCGUCCCCACCCUGUGGCUCACCGCCUGACAUCGGAGGGCAAGGGGGGGAUUAGCUCCCCCCUUCCUCCUCCCCCGGAAACGACAUCGGCUGAACAUUGGCGGCUAUUUGCUGCCGGUUGGCUGCCGCAGUGUUGAGGCGCGCACAUUCAUAUUUCAUUAGAGACAUUGCCGGUGCGUUAGCCGAGCCAGGUUGUAGAGAACCAGACACCGUGGCUACAGUAUUUCUUCCAUUGCCGGAUGUCCUUUUGAAGACACAGUACGACACGAUAUUUACAAGAUUUCGCAUUAUGAGCAUGCUGCCGUAGUAAAGACAGGCAUUAGCAUGCUAUACCAUUGGUGGGUUCAUCUGACUGAACCGGUAGAAAGAAAACGGUCUGUGCUGACACUUUUUGCCGUGGCGAUGCGCGUCCAUGUUCUGUGCCAGUUGUCCAUUCGGUUCGGGAUGUGUUCCCACCUAUGUAAUUUGCACGCUCUUUAGAUGACGUAUUUCUCGCGGACUCCCGAACGCUUCCAAAUGCGGGUGGGGAGUGAGCUCGAACCUCACUCAGUCGAAGUUUUUCCCAUGCAGCGCCCCUUGUGAAGUCGAUAUAAAUUGCGGCCACAGGUAAGCCUGCCAGGUGUGGUAUAUCGCUCCCUGUUCUCUGGCGGCGUGUCAGCGAUACCAAUUCGUCCUGUUAUGAGUGUUGCAUGAUAGUGCAAAGGUAUUGCGUAGCCCAGCCCCUUUGUGUGCAAACCCCUCUCGUUUCCUUACGCGAAGCAUGUUCGUUUAAGAAGACGAGACUGCAUCUGACGUUGCAGAACUCCUGCGCCACCGAUGUGGUGCAGCGGUAGGGGAGACCAAUUUUUCACUCGUCUUGCGUGUAUUGGAAUAUAUGAUCUGACGCACACUGAUAUAGGUUGAAAAUGUGAUCGCAUGUCCAUUGUGCAAACAUUGAAGUGUGCAUGCUAUAGACUGUAACGACG